GGAAUCAAUACAAUAAAGAUCAAUCAUAUCUGCUAAAAUUUCAUAUGCCAACGAAUAACUCUAAAUUUAUGCUGCCACAACAUCCUACUCUAAAUACUCCAACGGAAGAAGAUACAACGACGCAAUAUCAAAGCCGUGAUAAUGUGUGUAUACAGACGAUCAAAGAUUUUGAGUCGUCGUCGUCGUCAACAUUGCCACCUCAAGAUCCCUUUGAGAGCAAUUGCGUAGAAGAAAAAGAUGAAAUACCGCCUGUUCAAUCUGGACGUGCAAUCGGGGGUCUUGGUAUUUCGUUUGCUGGUGACGGAGUAACGCAUCCAAUAGCGAUACUCGAACAUGAGAUUAUGAAUCAUAAUGGAGAGAUCCCGGAUGAAGUCCCAACGUCUGUUAGCUUCCAAUCAAAUCAUCAUCCUAAUAUUAACAUUAAUGAUUUUACUACUACGAUUGAAGAAGAAAAAGUCGAGCAAAUGACAACAGUUGAACAUCAUCUGGAACGAUGCAAUACUACAGCUACAGCAAAUGUUGGGGUUGGUUGUAAUAUGGGAUCAGAAAGACACGAAAAUCAAAAUCACCUAAAAACUGAAGAAAAUGGACCUGUAAAGGAAAGUAAUGAAGAGAACGAGAAAAAUGAUCAAUCACAGCAUGUGAAUGGUGGAAAGAAUUUAACAAAAAUUCCGCAAUUCUACUUUCCAUUAAGUAAAAGAGCCAGAGAAGAUGAUUUUUCGAAUAUCAUUAAUGCAGUCAAAGAAAUAUACAGAGAUAAGGAUGAAUCUUUUACUCUAGCAAAUUUCAUCCCGAUAACGAAAGCAUGUAAUUUGCCAAGAUAUAUGAAUCAAGCAUUAUUCACAAAAAUCGAUGAGCUCGGAGAUGUUUCUGGACAUGUCACUUUUAUGCAAUUUGAAAAAGGUUUGCAACAACUAAUAGCAAAUUCAACAGAUGAAAACUCUUUAAUAUUUAAUAUUCUCAAAAGUGAAGAGGGUGGAUAUUUGAUUCCGGAUGAUUUUAAUACUGUUCUUGAAGACGUUGUUCUUAAUCAUCCCGGUUUGGCAUUUCUUGAAAAUAAUAAUGUAUUUCAGGAUCGAUAUAUUGAAACUGUAAUUUGUCGUCUUUUCUACGAAUAUAAUCGUAAUUGGUCAAACAAGAUGACAUUUAAAGAAUUUCGACGAAUAAAUUUCGGUGAUAUGCUGAGAAAAUUAGAAACAAGAAAUGAUAUGAGUCAUACACAUGAUUAUUUUUCAUACAAGCAUUUUUAUGUGAUAUAUAUUAACUUUUGGGAACUGGAUAGUAAUCAUGAUUUACAAAUUAAUGAAAAGGAAUUGGCCACUUAUGGAAAUUACGCGUUAUCAGAAAGAAUUGUGUCACGAAUUAUUAAUGGAUGGGGGAAAGCUAGUGAUUUACCGGUUGUCGAAGGGCUCUCGGAGGAGCAGAGACAAAUGAGUUAUCGAGAUUUCAUAUGGUUCUUUUUAUCCGAGAUUGAUAAAAGUACACCAACAGCUAUUGAAUAUUGGUUCCGCUGUUUGGAUCUUGAUGGGGAUGGAGUAUUAAGUACAUACGAAUUGGAUUACUUUUUCGAAGAACAAUCAAAUAGAAUGCGAAUUCUGCAAAUGGAGCCAAUAAAAUUUGAAGAUUGUAUUUGUCAAAUGUACGACAUGAUCAAGCCAGCAAAAGAAGGAAUUAUUACAUUGCGAGAUCUAAAGCGGUGUCGUCAAAAUGCGCCACCAUUCUUUGACAUGUUCAUCAAUUUGUCAAAGUUUAUUGCUUUUGAUCAUAAUCAACAACAGUGGCGUAUACGUCAGCAGAUUUUGGGACAGUGUGCAGAAGAUGCGAACAGCGCUUCAGAGAUUGAACGUAUGAGUGAAUUCGAUAGUUUUGUCGAAAUCGAAUACAAUAAUCUCGUAUUAGACGACCAAAGAAUAAGUCAACGCCUUGAACAGUCUGAUGAGAGCCAAACAAGUGAUACGACAACAAUCACUAGUGCUCAAAUCUCUAAAAAACAAAAAGCUGCAGACGAUAUAUAUGAAGAUUACGGACGAAAGCACUCAAAAUUUUAUGAGGAUGAAGAUUUGUUCUCCGAAGGUAGUAGCGAUGAGGAGGGAGACGGAGUAGGAUUGGAAUUUGAAGAAGAGUUUGACGAGGAUGCUGAUGAAAUUGAGAACGAAGAAGAACGAGAAACAUGGUAUGAUCUGCAAAUAGGCAUACACGUGCAGGACGGAGAAUUACGAUAA